CUCGUGCAGCCGAUCUUGGAAUCAAGUCCGUACAACAUGCAGCGAUCCCGUUCUGUUAUCAAGCAAGGGCAUACUCUGAUACGUCCCAAUAUAACCCUAUGCUCACGAUCGUUGGCCACGGCAGCGGCGGCGGUUCCUUCAGUAGCCGCCAAGAAGCGGAGACAGCUUGUUUUCGACAAUCGCACACCGUCCUUGAAAGAUUUCUUGGCACAGCAAUAUCAAUCCAAGGAAAUCAACCGGGAUCUGGUCCGCCCAGACAACAUUCCAUACCUUACUACCCAUGGACCCAAUUGGGGUGCGGGCCGGAAGUUCCAUAUCGAAGUAUACGGUUGUCAAAUGAAUGUCAACGAUACUGAGAUUCUGAAUGCCAUCAUGACCGAAUCGGGCUAUGAACGUACCGAUCGCAUGGAAGAAGCAGAUAUUAUUUUUCUCGUGACAUGCGCUAUCCGGGAAAAUGCAGAAACUCGUAUUUGGGAUCGACUAAAAUUUUUGCGUCAUUUCCGUACGAAGGUCAAUGUGGAUCGACCACCGCUUGUUGGUGUAUUAGGGUGCAUGGCGGAACGAUUAAAGGCUAAAAUGCUUGAAGAGGAUCGUUUGGUGGAUAUUGUGUGUGGCCCUGAUGGAUAUCGCUCCAUUCCGCAUCUUAUUUCUCUGGCGAAAAAUGAAUACCAUCACGGUGUGGCGAAUGUCAUGCUUUCAGCCGACGAAACUUAUGCCGAUAUCAUGCCAAUGCGAUUGGACAAUGACAAUGUGUCUGGAUGGGUAUCGAUUAUGAGAGGAUGUAACAAUAUGUGCAGUUUUUGUAUCGUACCUUUCACUCGUGGUAAUGAACGAAGUCGACCGAUCGAUUCCAUCGUGGACGAGGUUCGAUACUUGAGCGAUCAAGGAGUGAAAGAGGUGACUGUACUCGGACAAAACGUGAAUUCUUACCGUGAUACGUCGGAAUCCACCUAUUAUCAGUCGCAAGGAAACAAGGGACAGGAAUUGAGUAAUCCCGGUUUCAAGACGAUCUAUAAGCGCAAAGAUGGCGGUCGCCGAUUCACCGAACUCCUGGAUAAAAUCAGUCUUAUCAAUCCUGAAAUGCGUAUUCGAUUUACGUCUCCUCAUCCAAAGGACUUUCCUACGGAUCUUCUGCAUUUGAUUGCAUCACGACCCAACUUGUGCAACUCCAUUCACAUGCCUAUCCAGUCAGGAAGCACCAGUGUCUUGGAAAGAAUGCGCCGAGGUUACAGUCGUGAAGCGUACCUGAGAUUAGUGGAAGAGAUGCGCAGUAUUAUCCCUGAUGUAUGGAUUAGCAGUGAUUUCAUUGUUGGUUUUUGCGGCGAAACAGAAGCCGAGCAUCGUGAUACAGUGUCAUUGAUGGAGCAGGUCAAGUAUGAUAUGGCGUUUAUGUUUGCUUACAGUAUGCGUGAGAAAACUCAUGCUCAUCGUCGUUACAUCGACGAUGUUCCUGAAGCGGACAAGGCUCGGCGUUUGCAGGAAAUUGUGGACACGUAUCAUCGUUGCGCAGCGGAGAAAAAUCAAGGACUCAUUCGUUCACGACAGCUUGUGUUGAUCGAUUCUGAACGAACCAAGAUGAAGCAUGGCAAGGAAACGCGGAUCAGCGGACGGACGGAUGGUGGACACAAGGUGUUCAUUGCACAAGAUACCGUAGAUGAGUCUCUGGGCAAAGGCGACUUUGUUGAAGUCCAAAUCGAUCACGUUACCAGUGCCAGCUUAACAGGGACGUUAAUAGGAAGGAGCAGUAUUUCCCAAUUCAAUCGAUAGAUCAUUAUUUUCUUAUGUUAGCAUGCGCAUUUCAUUCAUUCUAGACUUUUUUAGACCUAAAGCUAUAGAAAUCUACAUAUCCUUUUUUUCUUUACCACUUAAUCGAG